GACAGACAGAAACAGAAAAUGGCUGACAAGUGUCAUGUGGGUUUGCUGAGUCUGAUCAUUCUCUGUCCACUUCUCUCAGGUUCCAGUGGAGUAGAAGACACUCAUGUGUUCUUCAGUUCUGGAAAAAAUGUCUGUCUGCCCUGUAAUAAUGCUCGUUCUGACUGCACAUCAACUACAUGGAUCCAUAGCAGAAAUUCAGAGACGGUUGAACUGGUUGCUGGAGGAAAACUGAAGAACGACACAGAGAGACGUGAGAGACUGAGUCUGGGCUCUGACUGCUCUCUGAACAUCAAGAAAGCCACAAAAAAAGAUUAUGGAUCUUACAGAUGCAGACAAUAUGUGAAUGGAGAACGAGAAGGAAAUGACGCACGUGUUUAUCUGAAUGUUCUUCAUGUCUCUCCAUCACUCUCUCAGACUGAGAUCAGAGCAGGCAGAUAUGUGACUCUCUCCUGUCAGCUGUAUUAUUAUUAUGGAGUCUCUUGUGAUACUUUGUUCCGUAGUGAAGGAUAUCAGCUGAUGUGGGUGAAUCAGGCUGGUGUGAAUCUGAUGACAGACUCCAGAUAUCAGAUAUUAUUCUUCUCAAAUCUCUGUAACAUCAGUCUGACUACAAAACUCCUGAAUGAAGAUCACAACAGAGAGUGGAGAUGUCAGCUUACUCAGAUAAAUCAAAUGAAGACCUCAGCCUCAUUCACUGUCAAGUACUCAGUUGACCCAACAACGCUGAUUCCAGAAAGCAGCUCAAACUCUGAGAAAACAAGCCGAACUAUAGCAGCUCCAACAACACAAGGUACAGAAACUAAACUCUGUAUGACUGGGGUUUCAUUAUUAAGAGUGAUUGUGAUUAUUGUUGAGAUUGCAGUGUUUGCUGCUCCUACUGUGAUUCUUCUUCAGAUCAUCUGUGCAAGAAAGGCUGGAAAGAAGGACUCACAUCUAGAAGAAAUAGAGAUGCCUGCAAUAUUAGAAUAAAUAAACAGUUAAAAGAAUAGGUCAUCAAAACAAAAAAAGCUCACUAUUUACUCUCUUUCAAGUAAUUCCAAAUAUCGUUGAAUUUCUUCGUAGAAAAAAACAAACACUAUGGUCAACAGUUACCAUAUUCCAACAGUUAUUUUAAAUAACAGAACAAAUAAAGUCAAACAGGUUUGGAACAAGUGAAGGGUGAGUAAAUGAUGACAGGAUUAUCAGGUUGAAAUCUCCCUUUAAUUCUACUGUGUAUAUUUUCAUGUCUACAAAUCUUUAAAAAAUUUACAGCAGGUUUUGAAUUUUUUAAUAGUCCAUUUUGUUGUCAUAACAAACAUGUGCAGAUAACUUUCAAUAAUGCUUUCAUUAUUAUUCUUUGUGGUAGUAGGAAUAUUUAUAUAAUACAAUGCAAACUUGCAAUCUUUUUUUCAUUUUCGCUUAGUCCCUUUAAUAAUCUGGGGUCACCACAGAGGAAUGAACCACCAACUAAUCCAGAAAAUUUUUUACGCAGCGGAUGCCCUUCCAACCGCAACCCAUCUCUGGGAAACAUCUAUACACACUCACUCAUACUCAUACACUACGGACAAUUUAGCCUUCCCAAUUUACCCAUACCGCAUGUCUUUGGACUGUGGGAUACCUGAGCACCCGGAGGAAUCCCACGCAAAUCCAGGGAGAACAUGUAAACUCCACACAGAAACACCAACUAACCCAGCCGAGGCUCGAACCAGUGACCUUCUUGCUGUGAGGCGACAGCACUACCUACUGCGCCACUGCGUCGCCAACCUCUUUCUAAAUAUAGGAAAAUUGAUUGACUAUAUACAUACCCAACUACCACAAUCUCAGGGGCAGGUAUAACACCCAAUACUGAGUUAAUAAUCAUGGGAAUCAUGGAAUACAUGAAUAUGGCAUUUUUUAAGUCAUUAGAUUUGUUUUGUCCACAAGGUGGUGUUGCAAAAAAACAUUAAAAAUAAAUGAACAAGGGGCAGCACGGUGGCUCAGUGGUUAGCACUGUCCCCUCACAGCAAGAGAAGUCACUGGUUCAAGUCCCGGCUGGGUCAGUGGCCAUUUCUGUGUGGAUUUUGCAUGUUCUCCCCAUGUUGGCGUGGGUGUCCUCCGGGUGCUCCGGUUUCCCACAUAGUCCAAAGACAUGUGGUACAGGUGAACUGAAUACAGACAUGCAGAAUAGGUUAGUUUAAUAAACUAAAUUGGAGGUAGUGUAUGUGUGUAAAUGAGUGUGUAUGGAUGUUUCCCAGUACUGGGUUGUAGCUGGAAGGGCAUCCACUGUGUAAAACAUACGCUUGAUCUUGAUAAGUUGGUGUUUCAUUCCGCUGUGGCGCCCCCUGAUGAAUAAAGGGACUAAGCCGAAAAGAAAACGAAUGAAUUAAUGAAUAAAUUAAUUUAAAAAAAAUUAAAAGCAUUUUAUGACAAAAUGCAAGAGACAAGAAUUGCAAUUUUCGGCCAGACUUUUCAUAAGUUAUGAGCAAAAAAAGAAACUUUUCAUAACUUUCUUACUUACUGGCAAUUAGUCAGCAGGAAAUGAAAACAAGAUGUGAGAAAUCAAUCUAAAGAAUUGUUCAUUACAUUUAAAUUAUACUCCUUUUAUAUCCUUUUAUAUCAUCAUUGCAG